AUGAAAGCUCAGAAUGUUACAGGAGUCACCUCUGUAGCUUGUCAUCCGGGAAUUACGUCUACAAACCUGUCAGCAGCUCCUGGAGCGGAAGGAAGUUGGUUCAGUCGUCUUCUUUGGAAGAUUGGUGAUCAUUUACCACUCAGUCAAAACUCUCUCAUGGCCGCAAAAACGGAUUCAGAUACUCCAGCUGAGGCCAGUAUGCUUGAGAUUGAACAGAUUGAGCAUUGGAUAGCCAUGAGAGAUCCGGUUGGACUUCUCAAGCUGAUCGAUUCUGGGGAUCAAAGCUUGCGGUCCAUUAGCACACUGCUGGUUCAAAUUGUGAUGAAAAAGCAAACAUACGUGGAUGUUGAACGAUUGAAGACAAUGUUAUUUCUGGACUGGUUUGACAGCUUGAAAAGCGAUGAAGAUGUCAAGAAUCUGCUUCGUCGCAGUGGAUUGGACACUAGUAGAAGUAUUUUUUGUCUUAAUUCGUUUAAGGAAUUUUGCAUGAACAAGGCCGACCUUAUAAAACCUACUUUGUCCGAGAACGUACCUACGCCAGCAGACAACACGAUUGGCCACGACAGCAAUUAUGAAAGCUCGCUGCUCGCUGCGUACGAGACGUCUCUUGCCAAUUAUAACGAGAAAAAUCCAAACAUGCAGCUGAGAUUGCCCGCUAUCCUUAGGGCUGUUUCUGACAAGUCUGAAUUGGCGGCGAGAACUCAGUCUGCGAAAUUAUCUUCAAGUUAUGCAGAAUCGGACACGCAACUUGAUAUUCAAGAAGCACUACGACAACAGUGUUCUGACCUCAACUUUCGAAAAAGAGAUGCUUGA